GGCGCCUCCGUCCCUGAGAGCUCCGUCUCCUCGGUGCUGCCGGAGGGCCUGGGGGCAGGGCGCCUGGGGAAGAGGGCAGCACCCGAGGGCCAGGGAGCGGGUGGCCGGCUUGCUGCCUUUGCCCAGUACCGGUUCCCCUCAGCGCCCAGAGUUGUCUGAGAGGAGGUUCCCUGUCUUUGGGCGGCUAGGAUAGACCCCUGCGAGUCCUGCCUGCCCUCUUCCCAGGGCCUCCUGGGCUGCCUGCCACUGACUCUGGUCCAUGUCGCCCAGGGAGGACCAUUUUCCCCGUCCCCUACUUGGGAAGUUUGCCUGCUUCUAGCUCAGGAAUGCAGGGAAGGCAGGGUUGUCGCCCCACGAGACGCACGCCGCUGCCUGGUGGCCAGGCCUCAGCUGAGCUGGGGAGAAAGUCAGCCCCUUGCCCCCACCCUCGCCCCCGGGGGGAGUGCAUGGCCCGCAGUCAGGCCACUGGACACAGGAUUUGGGGCCCUGGAGGUUUCUGCUGAGGCUUCAAGAGGGGUGGUCCUGGCGUUCCAGGCGCUUCCCAUCAGAUAGCAGGAGCCAGUUCUCAGCGUCCCUGGCUGAACACACAAGCUGCAAGGCUACAUAUACUCCGGCAGAGCUGGCUGGGGGCUGCAGACUGCAGGUGACAGUGCCAUAUCCCUCACUGCCUGCUCUGCCUUGCUAAGGCUUGAACCAGAAUCCACCAGGAGCAGGACUGUAAGUGUAUACACGCAUACCCCUACACACACAUACCCUUACGCACACACCCCCUACCUACACACACCCCCUACAUGCACACACACCCCCUGCACCUACACACACCCCUACACGAACGCGCCCCCUACAGGCACACACCCCUUCACCUACACACACCCCUACAAGCACACACCCCCUCACCUACACACACCCCACACACACACCCCUAUAUGCACACACCCUCACACCUACGCACAUGCCUCCUACAUGCACACACCUUGCACCCGUGCACACCCCCUCCAUGCACAUAACCUCACACCUACGCACACACCACCUAUACGCAUAACACACUCUCACACCUACACACCCCACACACCCCCACACACCUACACACCCCACAUACCCCCACACACACACCCUCACACCUAUACACGCACCCCUCCAUGCACAUACCCUUGCACCUGCACACGUAUCCUCCAUGCACACACACUUCCACCUACAUGCACCUCCCCCUCAUGCACAACAAUCUUGCAGGCCCCAACCCAACCUGUAGUAACUGCUGCCUGGCCUGGGUCCAUUCAUCGACUUCAGUUGGAAUGUUCCAUUCCACUGGGGGGGCAGGUGUUGUGGUCUUUACCCUGGUUGGUGAGGGAUGGGUGGGGACACUGCCUUACUGCUCUGGUAUGGAUCCCCAAAACAGCAUGUCCUGACAAAGGUGUUCCCCUUCCCCCCAUACGGUCCUAUCAGCCAUUGCUUCCUAUUCACAGGGCCAUUCACUCCCCGCAAGUUUGGGUUCCUGUUUUAGAACUGCCACCUAAGCCCCUCUUAUUUCGUCUUUCUUGUGGUGGAAACCCCUGCCCCCACCGGAGUGUGAGGUUGACUUUUUGGAAAGAGAGGUGAGGUGUUGGAAGCCAGGUCUGAGGCUGCGUCGCGCUCCUAGGUGGAAGUGGGGUUUCUGAGCAGUUGUUCUGGGCCGUGGUUGCAGCUGUGCUCUGAUCCUCAAGGGGAUGGCCAGGAGGAAUUUCCUUUCCCAUUUUCCAGAUGUACAAACCAAGACUCAGAGACUACCUGUGACUUGCCAAGGCCUUUCCCUGCUCUCAGGGCAGAGGUAGAGGAAGGCAGCCAGGAUUGCAGUGACCAGGUUGUCACCAGCCACAAAGCCCUCUGAGUUCUCAUGUUGCAGGUGACUGGCCCUUAGGCCAUGUAAUGACAUUAAAGUCCUAUUGGUCACAACCCUAAACUCCUCUCCACAGAAUGUCUUUGAGGCUUAGAAGGGAGGGAAGGUGUCAGCGCUUCCUCCAUUCUGGGUACCAUUCUUGCAAGCUCCUCAUCCAGGGCCUGAGGCUCCCACCUCGUGUCACCUCAAGACUGCCAGAGAGGAUGAAAUCUUUGGCUUGGGCUUCCAGGGCUGUCACAGGCAGAGGGCAAGCCAGGCUCUGAAAUGGGGAGGCCAGAAACGCUGCUGGCCAAGGAAGUGGCUUGGCCUUGGGAAGCAAGAAGGCAGCAACCUCUAGGCGCCCCUUCCCUCCAUCCUGCAGCUCUGAGAGGGACAGACGGUGCUCAGCCUGUGUCCUGGGGCAAAGCUGGAUUCAUUUUCCUCCCUGGCGAUCUUUUGGGGCCCACAGGUGGUGAUUUGGAGGUACUGACACCCUGGUCUCGGCGCCUGUUUUAGAAGAGGCAGAACAGUGAUAAAGACAAGGAUCUAAAUGGGCAAGGACCCCCUGCCCUCACCGGCAGGUGCGGUGCCCCAGCCUGGCCUCUCAGGAUGGUUCUUAGUCUCUCCAGGGCUCACCUUUCCCUGAUGGGCCUCUGACCUGGCCCCUGGUCUCAUGUGCCUUGAUUCCUCAGUAGGGCCCCCUCUGAGACUGGAGGUCAGACCCAGCCCCUCACAGCACCAUGGGAGAAUGAAAUGCCAAGGCUCACAGGGGAACCUGCUUUGAGAACCCAAGGUUUUUGGCCGAGCUGGGUUUAUCUGGGUUCAUGUCUUUCUGAUACAUUCAGGGCUGUGGUGGUCACUGUCCCACAUGGUAGGUCAGUGAGGAAAACUGGCAGGAGGCUGGGGCUCCCCCAAGGCCCCUCCUCUGCCUCCCCUCAAGGCCACGCUUGCCUCCCUCUGAAUCCUGGCUGUGAGCUCAGCUCCAAGCCUGCACUCUAUAGACCGGGGAAAGAGCUUCCCCUUUGGAACCAGGCACCAGGCUCACCCCUGACUGCCGUCACCCCCCCGUUUCCCUGGCAGCUGGCGGGAGGCCAGCAUGGAGCCUGGUGGGCCAGGGAGGGUGGGGCGUUUGCUCAGUAUGUUGGCAGAGUGAUUGGAGUGACAUGGCCCUGGAGGCCUGGACCCUGGGGCUGUCUGUGGGCCCGGGCCUAGGCCUCGAGAUGGGAUGGGCCUCUUGUGCCUGUGCCGAUCUCCUGGUGCCGGCGUCUUCCCGAGGGAGGAUGCUGGUGUGUAUCUGUUUGCUGGAGGGUAGGCGCCCGCCUGCCUGACCCACCUGCAGUGAGCUGUCCCCGUCUCUCAUUUAGGAGAGGGACCUGGACCAGCCCCAGCCACUGCCUGGAUCGGGGAAGAAAUCCACGCUUGUGUCCGACCUUAGUCACCUUAUUGUCCUGGCUCCAAGAGGCCACUGAAUCCCAUACCUGGGGCUUCGGUGACUCUUGCAGGCAGGUGCCCGGGCAGAAUCUUCACCUCUGUGGCUGAGGAGGGUUUGCCAGGGCAUCAGAUGUUCGACCGCGCGCGACCACAGCGAUGUCUGAGUUAGGCCUCACAGUGGGCUGGCCAUGCCUGGCCUAUUUGCUUUAGGCGGCAGCUCUUGGGGCCACAUUUCAUCAUCUAAGGAUGGUGACAGGUGCCUGCCCCCUUCCUGGGCAGUGGCUGGGGGUGAAGGACGGGAGGGGUGGGCUCCCUGUCAGCCCAUAUCCUGGAGGGCCUUGAUUGCCUGGGCUGAGGUAACACAGCUUCGGCAUGUUUGCUCUUCCUCCCAUCUGUGCAGGCCAACAUGGAGAGGCUUUGUAGGGGCCGGGUGUGUCCUCCCAGAUAGCCAGGCCCGGGCCCUGGCCAAAGUGCUUUUCUGAAGCAAAGAUGGAAAAAGGGGAGUGGAACUGGUUUGUGCUGCAGUCCUGGCCUGUUCCCAGCCCCAGGCUGGUUUUCCCCACAUGCACAGCUUCUGAGGAGGCCUGGAGCAGGGAGCUGGGUAUUUUCUGUGUGUGUUGGUGGGGGGUCAAGGCCAGGAGGGGUGAGGAGAGAGCCAGAGCAGGUAAGAUGCCAGGUUCUCACCAGGGCACCUCUCGUGGCUUCCCGCUCAUCUUAUUCCUCAGAUGCUACUUUGUAACCUGAAUUGAAAAUGGGUCAGGUCCUGGCAAGGGAGGGGCCAAGCUGCAGACCGGCUGACGCUGUGCCGGGCCUGGGCCUGGAGCAUGGGGCUCAAGUUCCCACUUUGUGCGUUUGGAGCCGAGUGGGGCCUGAAAGCCCUGGCAGCAGUGGCUGGUCCUCUCCCUGUCGUGGCUUACUGGACCGCGCAGCCCGAGGGCCUUGCCCCCUGCUGCCUCCCCAGGCCAGCUGAGGAAGAGGAUGGGCAGUGCAGGCUGGCUCAGCCCCAGCCCUGACCCUCUAUUCUGCACCGUGAGCCACCGAGACUGAACCAAACCCAGGAAGCCACGCCACCAACCGGCCUUGCAGAGGCAGAGGCCCUGGAGCAGUGACAGCACAGGAGAUCUGCUGGCUCGGGGGAAGGGGAGGAAAGAGUUGAAAACAAAGGGAGUGAUCGAGUGAGCCUCGCCCCGCCCUCCCUGUGCCGGCCCAUGAUGUGUCAGUCAGAGGCGCGGCGAGGACCAGAGCUCCGCGCGGCGAAAUGGUUGCACUUCCCCCAGCUGGCCCUGAGGCGGAGGCUGGGGCAGCUGAGCUGCAUGUCCAGACCCGCUCUGAAACUGCGCUCCUGGCCCUUGACCGUCCUCUACUACCUCCUGCCCUUCGGCGCCCUCAGACCGCUCAGCCGGGUGGGAUGGAGGCCCGUAAGCAGGGUGGCUUUGUACAAGUCAGUGCCAACGCGCUUGCUGUCACGGGCCUGGGGUCGCCUCAAUCAGGUGGAGCUGCCACACUGGCUGCGCAGGCCCGUCUACAGCCUCUACAUCUGGACGUUCGGGGUGAACAUGAAAGAGGCCGCUGUGGAGGACCUGCAUCACUACCGCAACCUCAGCGAGUUCUUCCGGCGCAAGCUGAAGCCGCAGGCCCGGCCUGUCUGCGGCCUGCACAGCGUGAUUAGCCCAUCGGAUGGAAGGAUCCUCAACUUUGGGCAGGUGAAGAACUGUGAGGUGGAGCAGGUAAAGGGGGUCACCUACUCCCUGGAGUCGUUCCUGGGCCCGCGUACCUGCACAGAGGACCUGCCCUUCCCACCAGCCACCUCAUGUGACUCCUUCAAGAACCAGCUGGUCACCCGGGAAGGGAAUGAGCUCUAUCACUGUGUCAUCUACCUGGCCCCUGGGGACUACCACUGCUUCCACUCCCCUACCGACUGGACUGUGUCCCACCGGCGCCACUUCCCAGGCUCCCUGAUGUCAGUGAACCCUGGCAUGGCUCGCUGGAUCAAAGAGCUCUUCUGCCAUAACGAGCGGGUGGUCCUGACGGGGGACUGGAAACACGGCUUCUUUUCACUGACAGCUGUGGGGGCCACCAACGUGGGCUCCAUUCGCAUCUACUUUGACCGGGACCUGCACACAAACAGCCCAAGGCACAGCAAGGGCUCCUACAACGACUUCAGCUUCGUGACGCACACCAAUAGAGAGGGCGUCCCCAUGCGUAAGGGCGAGCACCUGGGCGAGUUCAACCUGGGCUCCACCAUCGUGCUCAUCUUCGAGGCCCCCAAGGACUUCAAUUUCCAGCUGAAAACAGGACAGAAAAUCCGCUUUGGGGAAGCCCUGGGCUCGCUCUAGAGUCUCUUUCCUGAUUACGGCUGCUAAAGGAUCUUUUCCAAACAGAGUGAGGGUCUUUUAAAGAGGGAGGCCCAUGAGGCCAUGCAGGUGAGGGCCUGCCUCAGCGUGGGUGGGAGUCUGACCGGGUAGGACUUGAAUGAUUCGGCUCCCACCUGUUCCAGAGGUGCAGACAAGAGGUGAUGAGAGCCCCCGUCAUGCCCUCAACCUAUCCUGUUCCUUCUCCCUACAAAUAAACAGUGCAGGCUGGAAUGAUCUCAGUCACAUUUGGAUCUUUUUAAACAUUGUAUAGACAGGAGAUCCUGCAUUCCUGACUGAACCUUCAGUUGGUCUCGAUCGUCGUUUUUUCUUGCUGCUCGUCCCCCCAUCACCUGGGCUGUCUUCUGUUGGCCCCUUUUGUUUUUUUUGGCCUUAACGCUCCUGCUGCACAGGGUGAGGUGCCUCCUUGGCACAGACUGUGGAUGCCUCUCCCCCAGCAGAGCCACACAGCCUUCGUGACAACUGCUUUCCGUUCCCAAAUUCACCUCAUCCUGCUCUUUAGAAAAAGCAGUCUUUGUGCUUGUGGCUGAACGCAUCACCCUGGACUCUGCCAGUGUCUUCUGAGGACACUGAUGACACUGAUUAAUGAUACAGACCUUUGCAGGACCUGAUGAGUGACCUUCUGGAGCUGGCCAGGUCCUCUGCAGCAGGCAAGCCCAGUCAAUCACUGAACCUGCCUCAUGGCACGAGAGUGAACAGGGCAGGCAGGUGGUAGGCCCAGCUGGGGAAACGGGAGAGCUCCUGUCCCCCUCCACAUAUCCCUGCAUGAAAUAUGGGAAAGUUGCUGCUAUUGAUUCAGGGUCUGUCGUGGAGGCAGAGGACCCUUGGUGGAUAGCUGGUCAGUGCCUGGAAAACCUGUCCCAGUUAUCAGGAAUGUGGGCCUGGGAAGCCCCCAAUGGCAGGGACAGGGCCAGAUUUCAUGUUGACCCUGGGGAUGCUGUGAAAUUCUCCUGCAGGAGAGACAUCAUUGAAUUUUUUCAACUGUAUCAGUAGCACAGUAUUUUUGUAUGAAAAGUGGGAGACUUCUGAACAGUAAUUCAUUUAAUUGCAAAACAUUUUGAAAUAAAAAAAUCAAACUUAAAA